CAAGAAAACAGUGUAGACCCAGACAGCUCUAGACUGAAACGAAACGCCAUCUUGAAUAUAAAAGGGGGUUUAAACCGGGAGAAAACAGAAAAAGGGGUCAUUGGAUUAGAUAAACUGUUAUUUUUGUCUGUGUCUAAAUCCUCCCGGGUUUCCCUUGAACAGUUCUAGUUAUGUCUUUGGGCGUUUAUAACAAAAUUAAGGCGCAUACGUGAGGAAAUCGACAAGGCGCUUGUUAGCCUCUACCCAGCUAGCAAGGGGGAGGAGAGGGGCUUGAGGGUUAUUUUUUUUCCGCAGCCGAAGUUGUUUUGUUUAUGUUAUUCCAAACGGACAUGUCCUCUUCAAACUCAGAGUUACCAGACCCAAAUCUGGGUAUGGGGGCAAGCGGGACCCAAGGAAGUGGCAGUGCUGUUGUACCAAAAGGGAACAAAAGAAGAGCUGCGCCAGACUUUGAUGACGAUGAUGACGAUGAAGGAAACAAGUUGUUCAGGUGUGACGAUGAAACAGGAGGCGGUAAUGACAAAGAGCGCUUUGCCAGGUUUUUGGAAGAAGAUCAGAGUUGUGCAGAUAAGGAAAAACAAGCCAGGGAGAACCACAGUGAGAUUGAGAGGCGGAGGCGGAACAAGAUGACUGCCUACAUCACAGAAUUGUCGGACAUGGUGCCCACCUGCAGUGCACUAGCACGGAAACCAGACAAACUAACCAUCCUGCGAAUGGCCGUGUCCCAUAUGAAGUCUCUGAGAGGAAGUGGCAAUACCAACUCAGAUGGGUCAUACAAACCUUCCUUUCUCACUGACCAGGAACUGAAGCACCUCAUCCUGGAAGCAGCGGACGGCUUCCUGUUCGUGGUGUCAUGUGAGACUGGCCGCAUUGUUUACGUCUCUGACUCCCUGACACCCGUCCUCAACCAGGCCCAGUCUGAAUGGCUCGGCUCCUCCCUUUAUGAUCAGCUUCACCCAGAUGACACAGAAAAGCUCAGAGAGCAGCUCUCUACUGCUGAGAAUAACAACACGGGGAGGAUGUUGGACUUGAAGACGGGAACAGUGAAAAAGGAAGGCCAGCAGUCGUCAGCCAGAAUGAGUAUGGGAGCCCGUCGAUCAUUCAUUUGCAGAAUGAGGUGUGGCUCUUGUCCCGUGGAACCGUUGUCCAUGAACAGACUGAACUUCCUUAAGAAUAGAAACAGGAAUGGUUUGGGUACAGCCAAGGAAGGGGAGCCCCAGUAUGUUGUGGUCCACUGUACAGGAUACAUCAAGUCCUGGCCCCCUUCAGGAGUAUCUUUAACAGACGAUGAAUCGGAAAACACUCGGGGGAAUCGCUACUGUCUGGUUGCAAUUGGGAGAUUACAGGUGACUUGUUGCCCAGGUGACACAGACAUCAACAGUAUCAGUGUUCCAGUGGAGUUCAUCUCACGCCAUAACUGCCAGGGCAUGUUCACCUUCGUAGACCACCGCUGCGUGGCUGCUGUCGACUACCAGCCCCAGGAAUUAUUGGGGAAAAAUAUUCUCGAGCUUGCCCACCCUGAAGACCAGGGCUUACUGAGAGACAGCUUCCAACAGGUGGUGAAGCUGAAGGGGCAGGUUCUGUCAGUGAGAAAAGUUGGCUUUUUCUCUCUCUCUUUCUCUGUUUCCCUGUUCAGGCAGUUACAGCAGCAGCAGCAGGCCGAGCUAGAGGGAAGUGGAGCCAGAGAUGGUCUGUAUGAGGCAGGACCAAUCACCCUCUCACAGAUGUCGGUGCAGCCAGUGACAGCGGCAGUGCCAGACCACAGCAAGAGCCUUGAGAAGCCAGAGCUGUACCCUUCUCUUUUCCAAGGCCCAGAUCAGACCAAGGGCCUGCCCUCCACCUCCAUUGCCACCACACAGAUCUACCCUCCAGCCAAUAACUUUGCUGCUAGUCGUUCCAAUGAUGCAUACAGGCCAGUCAACAUGACUCCACAGAUGGCACAGCCAGCCCACUCAGCAGGGCAGAUGCUUGCUCAGAUGUCUCGUCAGAAUGGAGCCCCCCAGUCAGUUCCCCCCUCUAGCACUGGCAGCCCCCUCCAUGGAGGACAAGCAGGAGGAUGGCCUGGAGCUGCAGCUGGAGUUAGACCACAGUUUAAUAACCAGCAGGUGGCUCCCCAGGCAGCAAAGACCAUGUCACCACAGUUUGCUCCCAUGGGAGGAUUUGGCGGUGGUUCUUCCAGCUCUUUUGGCCAGAUGCCUACAGGUGCUGCUCCCACCCCAACCAACAAUGCAAACUACCCGCCCAUUAAUGCACGUGCCAGCCUCAGCACCAAUGGUUAUGAUGGCUCUCAGUCUGGGGCACAGUUCCCCUCUCGCGCAGCGGAGGCAGUGUGGCCCCAGUGGCAAGGCCAGCAGCACUCGCAGAGUAAUGGCGAGCAGCAUCCUCAUGCUCAGGGCAACCAGCAAGACAUGUUUCCUGUGAGUGAUACAAGUUUUAUCUCUCAAGCAAUUUAUUAUCCCUCUCUCUGUCACUUAAAAUAUAUCUCUUUGUCUCUUUUAUUUUUA